GAAAAGUGGGGCGAGGCAAUAGGGGACAGGCGAGACAAAGAGCAUCGGCCCAGGCGGAUCCACGUCAUCCAGCAUGCUCUGCCCACCCCAUGCUGAGGGGCACUGACCAUGAGUCUCAACUCCUCCCUCGGCCACAAGAAGGAGCUGAGCAAUCUCACUGAGGAUGAGAGUGAUGAAGGAAACAUCAUUGUCACUGAGUUUAUUGCCAUCAUCAUCAUCACUGUGUUUGUCUGCCUGGGCAACCUGGUCAUCGUGGUCACCUUGUACAAGAAGUCCUACCUUCUCACCCUCAGCAACAAGUUUGUCUUUAGCCUGACCCUGUCCAACUUCCUCUUGUCUGUGUUGGUGCUGCCAUUUGUGGUGACCAGCUCCAUCCGGAGGGAAUGGAUCUUUGGAGUGGUCUGGUGCAACUUUUCAGCUCUCCUCUACCUGCUGAUCAGCUCGGCCAGCAUGCUCACCCUUGGCGUCAUUGCCAUCGAUCGCUACUAUGCUGUCCUGUACCCAAUGGUGUACCCCAUGAAGAUCACAGGGAACCGGGCUGUGAUGGCGCUUGUCUACAUUUGGCUUCACUCCCUCAUUGGCUGCCUGCCACCCCUAUUUGGUUGGUCUUCAGUGGAGUUUGACAAAUUCAAGUGGAUGUGUGUGGCAGCCUGGCACCGGGAGCCUGGCUACACAGCCUUCUGGCAGAUCUGGUGUGCUCUGUUCCCCUUUCUGGUCAUGCUGGUGUGCUAUGGCUUCAUCUUUCGCGUGGCCAGGGUCAAGGCACGCAAGGUGCACUGUGGCACUGUGGUCAUGGCGGAGGAGGAUGCCCAGAGGACUGGGAGGAAGAACUCCAGUACCUCCACUUCCUCUUCUGGCAGUAGGAGGAAUGCCUUUCAGGGCGUGGUCUACUCAGCCAACCAGUGCAAAGCUCUCAUCACCAUCCUGGUGGUCAUUGGUGCCUUCAUGGUCACCUGGGGCCCCUAUAUGGUUGUCAUCACCUCUGAGGCGCUCUGGGGGAAGAACUAUGUUUCCCCCACCCUGGAGACCUGGGCUACAUGGCUGUCCUUUACCAGUGCCAUCUGCCACCCUCUCAUCUAUGGACUCUGGAACAAGACAGUUCGCAAGGAACUCCUGGGCAUGUGCUUUGGGGACCGGUAUUACCGGGAACCGUUUGUGCAGCGACAGAGGACUUCCAGGCUCUUCAGCAUUUCUAACAGGAUCACAGACUUGGGCUUAUCCCCACACCUCACAGCACUCAUGGCAGGUGGACAACCCCUGGGGCACAGUAGCAGCACUGGUGACACUGGCUUCAGCUGUUCCCAAGACUCAGGGACAGAUAUGAUGCUGCUGGAAGACUAUACAUCAGAAGACAACCCACCUUCCCACUGCACUUGCCCACCCAAGAGGAGGAGCUCUGUGACAUUUGAGGAUGAAGUGGAACAGAUUAAAGAGGCUGCUAAGAACUCUAUUCUUCAUGUGAAAGCUGAAGUGCACAAGUCCUUGGACAGUUAUGCAGCCAGCUUGGCCAAAGCCAUUGAGGCUGAAGCCAAAAUCAACUUAUUUGGGGAGGAGGCAUUGCCAGGGGUCUUGUUCACAGCACGGAAUAUUCCAGGGGCUGGCUUUGGAGGCCACCGAGGCAGCAGAACUCUUGCAAGUCAGAGGCUGCAGCUGCAGAGCAUCAAAGAAGGGAACAUUUUAGCUGGAGAAGAGAGAUAAGGGCCUCAGGGUGGACUGGGGCUGAAACGAGUUGAUAACCUGUGGAGGGAUUCCCAUUUUUGCCUGUGCUAGGGUCCUGGAACACAUCACUACCCUCAAAGGGCCAAACAUCUGGUGUGUAGUCACCAGAAGGACUAAAAGUAAGGUCUCCAGCCUCCAACUGCAGUGUCUGCUGGGAGACAUAAUAUGGGCUAUGUCUGAGUCCUAGGAUUGGAACUAGAGGCAUCUGAAGCA